AUGGACGACCGAUAUGGACUGAAUGCAAUACAUUAUGAAGUUGUUGUGGUGCCAAGGUACGGAGACUAUGCAGAAGCCCACGAUCUUGGAAUUCGGAAAUACUACAAAGCUGCAGGACAGGAUUUGGAAGUGAAAUAUUUCCAUGCAUUUAUCGAUGGAGUUGAUUUUGUUUUCAUUGAUGCGCCUCUCUUCCGACACCGUCAGGAUGACAUCUAUUGGGGCAAUAGACAGGAAAUUAUGAAGCGCAUGAUUUUGUUCUGCAAGGUUGCUGUUGAGGUUCCAUGGCAUGUUCCAUGUGGCGGUGUGCCCUACGGGGAUGGCAAUUUGGUAUUCAUCGCAAACGAUUGGCACACUGCACUCCUGCCUGUUUACCUGAAGGCAUAUUACAGAGACAAUGGUUUGAUGCAGUACACUCGUUCCGUUCUGGUCAUACAUAACAUCGCUCACCAGGGCCGUGGCCCUGUAGAUGAAUUCCCGUACAUGGACUUGCCUCAACACUACCUCGAGCAGUUUGAGCUGUACGACCCCGUCGGCGGCGAGCACGCCAACAUCUUCGCAGCGGGGCUGAAGAUGGCUGACCGGGUGGUCACGGUCAGCCGCGGCUACCUUUGGGAGCUGAAGACGGUGGAAGGCGGUUGGGGCCUUCACGACAUCGUCCGGUCAAACGACUGGAAGAUCAACGGCAUCGUGAACGGCAUCGACCACCAGGAGUGGAACCCCGAGGUGGACGUGCACCUACGGUCCGACGGCUACACCAACUACUCCCUCCGGACGCUGGACGCCGGCAAGCGGCAGUGCAAGGCAGCCCUGCAGCGGGAGCUGGGCCUGGAGGUGCGCGACGACGUGCCGCUGCUUGGGUUCAUCGGGCGUCUGGACGGGCAGAAGGGCGUGGAGAUCAUCGCGGACGCGAUGCCGUGGAUCGCGGAGCAGGACGUGCAGCUGGUGCUGCUGGGCGCCGGGCGCGGCGACCUGGAGCGCAUGCUGCAGUACUUCGAAUGGCUGCACCACGACAAGGUGCGCGGGUGGGUCGGGUUCUCCGUGCCCGUGGCGCACCGCAUCACCGCGGGCGCCGACGUGCUCGUGAUGCCCUCCCGGUUCGAGCCGUGCGGGCUGAACCAGCUCUACGCGAUGGCGUACGGCACCGUCCCCGUGGUGCACGCCGUGGGCGGGCUCAGGGACACCGUCGCGCCAUUCGACCCGUUCUGCGAAGCCGGGCUCGGGUGGACGUUCGACCGCGCCGAGGCCAACAAGUUGAUCGAGGCGCUCGGGCACUGCCUCGACACGUACCGGAACUACAGGGAGAGCUGGAGGGGCAUCCAGGAGCGCGGCAUGUCGCAGGACCUCAGCUGGGACCACGCCGCGCAGCUCUAUGAGGACGUCCUCGUCAAGGCCAAGUACCAGUGGUGA